UCAGCCAACUUCAAGCGCUCUCACUCAGCCCAUUCAUCGCCCGCCAAUCUUGGAUCUACCCUCACCCACAUCCAAACAUGGCCACCAUGGCACUCUCCUCUCCUACCUUCGCCGGCCGGGCUGUCAACGUUGCCCCCUCCUCCUCCGACCUUCUCGGUGAUGGCCGUGUCACAAUGAGAAAGUCUGUUGCAAAGCCCAAGCCCGUCUCUUCUGGUAGCCCCUGGUAUGGUCCAGACCGUGUUAAGUACCUCGGCCCCCUCUCCGGUGAAGCUCCUUCCUACCUCACCGGUGAAUUUCCCGGUGACUAUGGCUGGGACACCGCUGGCCUCUCGGCUGACCCAGAGACCUUUGCCAAGAACAGGGAGCUCGAAGUGAUCCAUGCCAGGUGGGCUAUGUUGGGUGCACUUGGGUGUGUCUUCCCAGAGUUGCUUGCUAGGAACGGAGUCAAGUUUGGGGAGGCUGUCUGGUUCAAAGCCGGUGCUCAGAUUUUCAGUGAGGGAGGACUUGACUACUUGGGCAACCCCAGCUUGAUCCAUGCUCAGAGCAUCCUAGCCAUCUGGGCUACACAGGUCAUUCUCAUGGGUGCGGUUGAGGGGUAUCGCAUUGCUGGUGGACCACUCGGUGAGGUGACCGACCCACUGUACCCAGGUGGUAGCUUUGACCCACUGGGUUUGGCCGAUGACCCUGAGGCAUUUGCAGAGUUGAAGGUGAAGGAGAUCAAGAACGGCAGACUUGCCAUGUUCUCCAUGUUUGGGUUCUUUGUUCAGGCCAUUGUGACCGGCAAGGGUCCAUUGGAAAACCUGGCAGACCACUUGGCCGACCCAGUCAACAACAACGCCUGGGCCUAUGCCACCAACUUUGUCCCCGGCAAGUGAAGGACUCAUUGAAACUCAAAAUUGUAAAUGUGAAACACUGUGAUCUUUUUGGAAUGUAAAAUUGUACUCUGUUAUUCAAAAAACAGAACAAUUUUCUCGCAUAAUGUUACAUUCAACAAAUGUAGUGUUUGAAUUCCCCCACAAAACGGACUUAUUAAUUGCCAUUUGCAUUUUGACA